UUUGCAUAGAGCAGCUUCAUCAGAGGACCUGCGCGGUGGACCUAGACACUCUCUUCUCAUAGCCAGUUGCAAAGGCCUUUUCGUUGCUCUAACUUGGGGGUUUGUGGGACCAGGGGUUGGCAGGUGGGAGAAGAGUUUGGCCAUAGUCUUCUUUCUGCAUUUCACACACAUUCUGCGCUCUGUCUCUCUCUCUCACACACACAGGCACACACACGCCCUUUCGGGCCCCUCUCGGUGUGUCUUCCUUCAAGAUGACAGGGCGCUGGAGAAAAGGCUGCUGGAAUCAGCUGGUGAAAGCCCAGCCUCUGUGGUUCUUAAUGCCUCAGCAGGAUUAUUUUCACUAAAGAUGGAAACACUGGAGUCUGAAUUGACCUGUCCAAUCUGCCUAGAGUUGUUUGAAGACCCCCUUCUGCUCCCUUGUGCUCAUAGCCUCUGCUUCAGCUGUGCCCAUCGCAUCUUGGUCUCGAACUGCAGCUCUGGUGAAUCCAUUGAACCCAUUACUGCUUUUCAGUGUCCUACGUGUAGGUAUGUUAUCUCACUGAACCACCGGGGCCUGGAUGGCCUCAAGAGGAAUGUGACUCUGCAGAACAUUAUUGACCGCUUCCAGAAGGCUUCAGUCAGUGGGCCCAAUUCGCCAAGUGAGAGCCGCCGGGAGAGGACUUACAGGCCCAGCACCGCCAUGUCUAGUGAACGAAUUGCUUGCCAAUUCUGUGAGCAGGACCCGCCAAGGGAUGCAGUGAAAACCUGCAUCACCUGUGAGGUCUCCUACUGUGACCGUUGCCUGCGGGCCACACACCCCAACAAGAAACCUUUCACCAGCCACCGCCUGGUGGAACCAGUGCCAGACACACAUCUUCGAGGGAUCACCUGUCUGGACCAUGAGAAUGAGAAAGUGAACAUGUAUUGUGUAUCUGAUGACCAAUUGAUCUGUGCCUUAUGCAAACUGGUGGGGCGUCACCGAGACCAUCAGGUCGCAUCCCUGAAUGAUCGAUUUGAGAAACUCAAGCAAACUCUGGAAAUGAACCUCACCAACCUGGUUAAGCGCAACAGCGAACUAGAAAAUCAAAUGGCCAAACUAAUACAGAUCUGCCAGCAGGUUGAGGUGAAUACUGCUAUGCAUGAGGCAAAACUUAUGGAAGAAUGUGACGAGUUGGUAGAGAUCAUCCAGCAGAGGAAGCAAAUGAUUGCUGUCAAAAUCAAAGAGACAAAGGUUAUGAAACUGAGAAAGUUGGCACAGCAGGUUGCUAAUUGCCGCCAGUGUCUUGAACGGUCAACAGUCCUCAUCAACCAAGCUGAGCAUAUCCUGAAAGAAAAUGACCAGGCACGGUUUCUCCAGUCUGCAAAAAAUAUUGCUGAGAGGGUCGCUAUGGCAACUGCAUCUUCUCAAGUUCUGAUUCCAGAUAUCAAUUUUAAUGAUGCCUUUGAAAACUUUGCUUUAGAUUUUUCCAGAGAAAAGAAAUUGCUCGAGGGGCUAGAUUAUUUAACAGCCCCAAACCCACCAUCUAUCCGAGAGGAACUCUGUACUGCCUCCCAUGACACCAUUACAGUCCACUGGAUCUCGGAUGAUGAGUUCAGCAUCAGCUCCUAUGAGCUUCAGUACACCAUAUUCACUGGCCAGGCUAACUUCAUCAGUAAGUCAUGGUGUAGUUGGGGCCUGUGGCCAGAGAUAAGGAAAUGUAAGGAAGCAGUAAGCUGCUCAAGAUUGGCCGGGGCGCCACGAGGCCUGUAUAAUUCAGUGGAUAGCUGGAUGAUUGUACCCAACAUUAAACAGAACCAUUACACAGUGCACGGACUCCAGAGUGGGACACGCUACAUCUUCAUUGUUAAAGCCAUAAACCAAGCAGGCAGCCGGAACAGUGAACCUACCCGCCUAAAAACAAACAGCCAACCCUUUAAACUGGAUCCCAAAAUGACUCACAAGAAGUUGAAGAUCUCCAAUGAUGGAUUGCAGAUGGAGAAGGAUGAAAGCUCUCUGAAGAAGAGCCAUACCCCAGAGAGGUUUAGUGGCACAGGGUGCUAUGGGGCGGCAGGAAAUAUAUUCAUUGACAGUGGCUGCCACUACUGGGAGGUGGUCAUGGGUUCCUCGACGUGGUAUGCAAUUGGCAUUGCCUACAAAUCAGCUCCCAAGAAUGAAUGGAUCGGCAAGAAUGCUUCCUCCUGGGUCUUCUCUCGAUGCAAUAGUAACUUCGUCGUGAGACAUAACAACAAGGAGAUGCUGGUGGAUGUGCCUCCGCAGUUGAAGCGUCUGGGUGUCCUUCUGGAUUAUGACAACAACAUGCUGUCUUUCUAUGACCCAGCUAACUCUCUCCAUCUUCAUACUUUUGAUGUGACCUUCAUUCUUCCAGUUUGUCCAACAUUCACAAUCUGGAACAAAUCCCUAAUGAUCCUGUCUGGCUUGCCUGCCCCAGAUUUUAUUGAUUACCCCGAGCGGCAGGAAUGCAACUGCAGGCCUCAAGAAUCCCCUUAUGUUUCUGGGAUGAAAGCUUGCCAUUAAGUUUCAACAGAGCGUAUAAUUCACUGGCUCUCCAGUUCAGCAGUUCUUCCCCUCCUAAACCUCAGUUAGUGUCCAAUAUCCGAGAUACAAAAAUAAAGUUCAUUUGAAGCAUCCAAAAUAACUAGAUAUUAUAGAUUUAAUUUUUGUGCAUUAAAACUUGUAUUUGAGUU